AGAGAUGGAAACAUCAAUGAUAAGAGAGAAUCAUUGAAUGGCUGCCUCCUGCAUGCCUCGUACUGGGGAUCAAGCCCAAAACCUGGGCAUAUGCCCUUGACAGGAAUCGAACCUGGGACACUUCAGUCCACAGGCCAAUGCUCUAUCUACUGAGCAAAACCAUCUAGGACAGCACCUAAUUUUCAAUAGUGGUGGUGGUUGCAAGAACCGGCUCCUGGCAUGGAAAGGGCAUCCUUGGUACAAUGUAAACCAUAGCAGGAAUUUCUCCUGCUGCUCAGUAGGACAUCAGUGGUGCUGGUGGCAUAAAGUACAGUUCCUGGAAGCUUAGCAUUUGGGCCUGCUUCUCCAGUCUCCCAGCAGUAUGUGGGCUACUCAAGGUCCUUUUAUUAAUACCCCUUACUCAUUAAUCAGCCAGAAUUGGCUUCCAUUUCUUGAAAGAACUUGGAUUAAUCAGAGUGUGUGAUUAUGUGCCUGGUAACUACAGGUUCAUAUGUUAGAUGCUAUAAUAGAAGUGAGCUAUGAGAAUGUACAAGACAGACAUGUAGCUCAGCCUUUGUGGUCUAGGGAAGAUUUCCACAAAGAUACCUGAGUUGAGUUUCAGAAGAAGAUCGUGGAUUACCUAGGCACAGAGUCACAGAAGGGCACUCCAAGCGGAGAAACAGUUAUGCUCAAAGCUACACAAUAUUUUCAAGUCGGGAAUGGGCUGAGGCAAGAGGUCGGAUGGCAGAGUUGAACAAGAGGAUCCCUGAGGACUUUAUAUACCACGCUCAAAGUUGUUCCCUGGACUAGUAGCAGGGCUAGAGCCAGGCCUUUCAAUGUAUACUCUGGGACAAGGUAGAUGCCGGAAAUCACCUGGCUAUGGCUUUAGGUGAGUACUUAUUUUAUAUUGGCACCCAGCCUUGCCUGAACACUCAGGGAAGAGUCAGCUGCAAGUGACCAUAGCCUGUCAUGGAACCUGCUGACCUGAAAAGAAACCAGCAGGCCGGACCCCUACCUUGCAGUCUCCUGAGCCUCGCUCCCUUCCCUUAGCCCUGGCAACUCUGAUCCUACUCAGCCAAACUCCCAUUCCCCUCAGGGACCUUGUUAUCUCAAGUUCUCCCCAAAACAACUCAACUCCCGUCCCUGUGUCUUCUACCGUGUAGUUAACAGGGAGUUAACAAAGUUGUGUCUUACUUUCCUGGGAAAGAAAACCUUUUGUAUCCUUUAGCUUUGACCUUGCUGCUAGAAAACUUAAGGCUAAAUUUACUGCUCACAUGGCAAGUGGGAAGAGGAAGUUAUUAUUCUUCGUCUGGGGGUUUGGACCAAACUGUUCUACAGUCAUUAAGCUCCUCUUGCCUACAGCCUUAUUCCCACAUUUCUUCUUUGCUGUUGUGUUCUCUGCCUCUAAGUUUAUUCUGCUAAGAAGUGUGGUUCUCUCUUACUGCAGCUGCCCUUUCCCCACAUUUGACCUUAUUCUGGGCACUUGAGUGGCCACAUCAUCCAUGUGUUUGCAGGUGCCAUCAGCAGGAUGUUACCCUGUGAAUUGCUAUGAAGAGAAGAAUCACGACUUUAUAGAGGAAUGAGAGAAAGAACAGGAAGUGUUGAGAAGUAUCCUGCAAUGAGUGUCUUGGUCACAUACCAGAUGUCUAGCAAACAAGUCCAGGCUUCUACAGACCUAUUUAUCAAGCAGCUCAAGUGGCACAAGAUUGUGGUUGUGGGAUCAGUCAUUGCAAUUUGGAUCUUGUAUAUCAGGGUUUCCUGGCCUGAUAGUGCUGUCCCUCUGUCCCCAAGGCCUCGCCCUGCCCGCAAAUCCUCUGGCUCUCUCCCCCAGAAGCUCUCGGACCUGACCCACCUUCUGCACUGGCCUCUCACUCCAGGAGAUGGGGGGGACCUUUUGACCUCCACCAGCCCUGAGACCUCCACCUACCACCUGAAGGGUCCUGCGCAGGCCAGCUAUGCCCUGGGAGGCUACUUGGAGGCCAUCCUUGUUGCCAGAGACCAUAGGGGCAGGCCCAAGACCCACGGUGGGGAUCUGUUUAGGACAAAGCUGUUGGGUCCUGACUUGAAGGCAGGGGUCCCUGGGGAUGUCCAGGAUCUAGAGAACGGCACAUACCUGCUGUCCUUCCCCCUUUUCUGGUCUGGGCAGGCCCAGGUGCAAGUUCGGCUAAUCCACUCCAGUGAGGCAGUUGGGGUUCUUCGAAGAAUCUGGAGGGACCAAUGGGCCACAGUCGAUUUCAUGGGCUAUUUUCGGGGACCCACAGGAUAUGAAGAAACUGUGACUUGCAAUAUUAACCCCCUGUUAACUGGGGAGGAAGAGUCUACCUGUCACUAUAGGGAUGAAGAUUCGGGGGAGCUCUGGUUCUGCGCUCGACCACCCACCCUGCCCUGCGACUCACUGGUGGGACAUUCAAGUGGACGUUACUGGAAUGUGACCACACCACAAGAGGAGGCCCUGCUGCUGUGGAAUGUGACAGACAAGGUCCUCCCUCAGGGUAUUUCUCCAAUCUGGGUGGCCAAGGAGAGCGAUAGGAGCCUUGUGCUGUCUCCCAAACAACUGUGCCAUCCUGGGAUCCCGGGCCCAAAGCCCUCUGGCUUCUUCCACCGAGGAGUGUGGCACUCUCUUUCCUGCUCUGGCCGCUCCUUCUCCACUGUUGACAGCAUCCUGGGCUGCCUGGCUGGUCACGUCGUCCACAUGAUGGGGGACUCCACGCUGCGGCAGUGGUGGGAGUAUCUGCGUGACACUGUGCCUUCCCUGAAGCCGGUGGAUCUACACGUCACGUAUCAGACAGGGCCCCUGAUGGCCGUAGAGACCACUCGGAACAUAGUGCUGCACUGGCGGGCCCACGGCUGGCCCCUGCGCUCCCUCCGCACACCAGUGGCCUCCCUGCACUCUGUGGUCCAGGAGCUGGGAGGCCUGGCUGGGGGCCCCCACACCGUGGUGGUGCUGGGGCUGGGCGCACACUUCACCACCUUCCCUCCAUCCGUCUUUGUGCAGCGACUGGCAGGGAUCCGGGCAGCUGUGGCUGCGCUGCUGGCCCGGGAGCCCCAUACUCUGGUGGUCAUCAAACUGGCCAACACUGGCUACAAGUCCGUGUAUGGCAGUGACUGGUUCACCCUCCAGGUGAACCGGCUCCUCCGAGCUGCCUUUGCUGACCUCCGUGUGGCCUUUGUGGAUGCCUGGGAAAUGACCUCCAGCCUGGCCCUGCCUGACAGCAUCCACCCAGUGCGGCUCAUUGUCCAAAAUGAGGUGGACUCCCUCCUCUCCUUCAUCUGCCCCACCUGAAUGCUUCUGCCUUGGGCUGUGUGGACAGAGAAGCUAGUGUGAUGAUCAAGCCUGCAAGCUCUGCCUCUCAGCCCGUUAUUCCCCUUGUCUGACCUUUCUAAUGCACUGAAUCCAUGUCAUAAUUCACACAAUUGUGGAUUUUUCAACUUGUUAUUUAGACCAUUUCUUUUACAUGUUUGAAGUCCAUGUUGUUAUGCAUUACCAGGAAAUCUGACACAAAACAGCCAGCUUCAAGGCAUCACUUGUAAAAUCACUGGUUUUUUAAAGAUAAAGAAAUAAUCCUUUAAGCAUUUAAGCAAAAAAGGCUUAAGUCACUUACAAGAGGAAAACUUAGAUUGACUUAAAUCAAUGGUUCUCAACCUUGGCUGCACAUUAGAAUCACCUGGGAAUCUUUUUUUAAAAUCCUGAUUUCUGGGCCUCAUCCUCUAGAAAUUCUGUUUCUUUGUUAUGGGGUGGGGCCGCAACAUUAGUAACAAAGAAACAGAAUUUCCGGUUGAUGAAGCCCAGAAAUCAGGAUUUUAAAAAGAUUCCCAGGUGAUUCCAAUGUGCAGCCAAGGUUCAAAACCACUGACUUAAAUUAAUCAAAAACAACAUUAAACCCUAACUAGUUUGGCUCAGUGGAUAGAGCAUUGGCCCGAGAAGUGAAGGGUCCCGGGUUUGAUUCCGGUCAAGAACAAAUGCCUGGGUUGGUGGGCUCAAUCCUCAGUAGAGGGCAUGAAGGAGGCAGCUAAUCAAUGAUUCUCUCUCAUCAUUGAUGUUUCUCUCUCUCUCUCCAUCUCCCUUCUUCUCUGAAAUCAUUAAAAAAAUAUUUACAAAAACAAAACACACCAAAAAACAAACAAACAACAAAAACAUUCAACACUAGAAGCCAGUGGAACAAUGCUUGCAAAGCUGACAAACUAAAAAAACUUCAGAAGUUUGCACUUAGCUAAAGUAUUAUUCAGCUACAAAGGCAACAAACAUUUCAAAUAUGUAAUAGCUCAGGAAAUAUAGUUGAUGUCCUAAAAGAAUAACAAAAGUCAAACUUCAGUCAAACAAAACAUUACUGAUAUGGCCCAGCAAUUUCACUUCUGGGUAUUUAUCCAAAGGAAAGGAAAACACAGAGUUAAAAAGAUAUCUGGGCCCACAAUGUUCAUUGCAGCAUUAUUUGCAAUAGCCAAGACAUAGAAACAAGCUAAGUGUCCAUCAAUGGGUUAAUAGAUAAAGAAAAUAUGGCAUGUAUAGGCAAUGGAAUAGUAUUCAGCCAUAGAAAAAGAGAAAUAUUGCCAUUUGCGACAACCUAGAUGGACUUUGAAGAUGUUAUGCAGGUGAAGUAAGUUAGACAAAGGAAGGCAAUUACCAUAUGAUCUCACCUAUAUCUUAAAUCUGAAAAAAACAAGACAAAAAUUAGAUCACUGAUACAGGUUAUCAGAGGUGAGGGAGGGGCAUGAGUAACAUAAAUAAAGGGGGUCAAAAGGUACAAACUUCCAGUUAUAAAAUAAAUAAGUCCUGGGAUGUAAUGACUGCAUGGUGACUAUCUAUACUAAUAAAAGCAUAAUAUGCUAACUAGACCGGGAGACCUUCUGGACGUCCUUUCAGACAAAGCCAUGGUAAUGGGGCUGAGGCAAAGGCGGUUAGGGGCGAUCAGGUCAGGAGAGGGCGAUCAGGCCAGCAGAGAAAGGCAGUUGGGGGCAAUCAGGCAGGCAGGCAGGGAUCGGGCCUAAACUGGCAGUCGGGCAUCCCCCGAGGGGUUCCAGAUUGGAGAGGGUGCAGGCUGGGCUGAGGGACAACCCCUCCCCCCCAUGCACAAAUUUCAUGUACCAGGCCACUAGUCUACUAUAAUAAUCUAUAAUAAUAAAAAUGUAAUAUGCUAGUUAGACCAGAUGUCUUUCCAGACAUCCUUCCGGACGAAGCUGGGGCUGCGAUGGAAGCCCGGGUCCUAAGUGCUGGAGGGAAGCCAGUGCCAGCAGCCAGGGGAAGGAAGGCCUAGCCUACUCUUGCACGAAUUUCGUGCAUCGAGCCUCUAGUAGUAAAUAAUACAGUAUUGCAUGAGAACUUUAUCAGCACCUCGUCUCUGGAGGAGUCAGAUGAAGGCAACUGAAUGGGGUCCACUGGAGAACCUUGGGACUCAGGAGGAUUGCUCUAUUCAGAGCUAGUUGGUCAACCUUCAACUUUAACCUUCAACUUUUACCACAUUCAAAUCAAUGAACUAACUGAAAAACUGUGAUUAAUAAUUCAUCAUUGUUUUGUACUAUGCCACUUGCUGGAGUGUGGUUUGAGCAUCUAGAAGUAGAAUUUUAAUAAUCAUUUUAGUCAUACUGAUUUUCCCACCUAUAGAAUUUAGUACCUACAAAUAGUUCUCCUAUGUUGAGUAACAGAAAUGUUUAGAGAGUGAGGUGUCAUCAUUACAAGUAUAUUGUAAUUAAAUAUGAGUUAAAAAUCCUUAAAAAUGUUGUAUUGUAUAUUUUAAAGUUGCUAAGAAAGUAAAUCUUAGAAGUUCUCAUCACAAGAAAAAAAUUUGUAACUAUGUGUGAUGAUGGAUGUUAGCUAGUUAUUGUAGUCAUCAUUUCACAAUAUUUGUAUACAUUGGAUCAUUGUGUGGUAGACCUGGAACUAACAAUGUUAUUUGAUAAUUGUAUCUCAAUUUAAAAAAUAAAAGAGGGUCUUUCUUGGGUUAGUCAUUUGAUACA